CCCAUUUCCUUCUUAGCUGAAAAUAACAACUACGCAGUAGCAGCAAUGGCUAUGGCUCCCUUUGUCGUCCACUUUUCGCACGAUAAACAAAUUACAUCUAUCGUACUUGGGCCUUCUCUCUUUAUACAUAUCUGGCUUGACCGAUGAAUAACUCUUGAGAAAUUAUACAACCCACCCCCAAAUCUAUAUGCUCAGUGUACGUGUAGCUUGACAAACUAUCAUAAGUUAUUUCUGCGAGCUAGGCUAGGGUUCCAUGGACUGGACCGAAUUGGAAUUGGAACCCAUCAUCAGCUUUCCUGAUGAUGUCAGAAAAAACAAUUUGGAGGGAUUGUUUGGUUACCAAGCUGCUGCAGCAGGACCAUCAACAAUAAUAAGGGAAGGACCCCCUCUAAAUGAUGACAAAAAAAAAGAAAAAAAAAAGAAGGGCCGAUCAAAAACACCGUGAAAAAAAAAAGGCACGCCAUCAGAGAACAGAGAAGGAUUUGGAAAUCGCCAACAAAAAUUUGGAAGAGGCCUGGAGAGGAAUGGAAGACCUUCGACGUGCAAAUGAGUCAUUGGAGUUGGAAAGAAACUUGUCGGCUCAAAUGGCGCAUGAUGGAGACACUAAGAAUGGGCGGCUUCGAUCUGAAAUGAAAAGAUUGAACGAAGUGAUUGCGGUUCAACAACAAGACAUUGCUGUUAUGAGUUCGAAUCAGGUCGAUGUCAGGAAAAUGGAAGAGGAGUUGCGAGAUCUCAGGACAAAUAUGUUCAAACUUGAAUGUAGGAAUGCAUCUCUUGAAUGUAUGAAUGCAUGUUUGACUACGGAAAGAGACGUGAUAAAAGAAGAAUUGCAGAGAGCAGAAACUAGUACCAAGCAAGAGUUGACCAUAUCCAUGUUAAUGGCACAAAUUGAACAAUUAAAUCAAAAGGUGGAUGCUCUAGAGACUCCAAAUCCUCCUUCACAGAGUGGCUAAAGAGGGAAAACAAUUGGGUGCUUCAAGGGCAAUGUUAUCAACGGAUCGAUUGCUCGAACUUUUUCUAUUGGGUUGUGAGAACUUUAUUAAUUACGUCUUUUAUGAACUAUUUCUGGGCUUCUAGAUUAAGUUGCUGUUCACUUUUGUGUUUGGAUUUUGUGAGUUGACACAAGAAUAUUAAUUUGUAUUGUGGUAUGUUUUCAUUUGAAUUGUUGGCCUGUUUUUAUGUGCAGGCUAGUCGCAUGAUAUUGGUAUGCUUGAGAGUUGAGACCUUUUUUUGGUAGAUUUUAUAUCUAUUACUAGAGUGGAAGGUAUAGUGGAUACAAAUAGCUAGAUGUAACUAAGACGAAGCCUCUCCAUAACUAGAACCAUAAGUACCACCAGGGAUGAUGAGUAUAUGCCUAACCAUGGCAUCUUAGUUGAGGGAUUAGUUGUUGGCAUAUACAUAUAACUUCUCGCCACCAUCGCCUCAAUUCCCAUGAUCUGAUUGCUAUGCUCAUCUUCUAUCGUUGAUGUUGGUUAAUCUGCAUGCUCUAGAUGGCCCUCUUCUGGAUUUCUUCGUGUGAUUUUGAGCUCAGAGAUGGGUCCCUUCUUGGUGUUCUAUUGUUGAUGUUGGUUCACCUGAAUUCUCUCGUUGGUCUUCUGGAAUUUUGCGGGCGAUUUGUAGUCUUUGUGUUUGGGUUCUUCUUCUUUAUUGCUCCCACAUUUGUUUUGUCGCAUGCCUUGGGUUUCUUGUUUUGCUCC